GAUCACAUGAUCAUUGUUUUUCUUCUGACUGAUGUCACGUCAUUCUGGAAAUCAACUGUCAGGUCGAAUGACCGUAUAUGCGUCGCCGUACGUCCUUAUAUUUUUGUCUUAAUGUUAACGGAGGGUGGUGACUUAAUGAAAGGACUUAAGGAUACCUGGCUUUCAUGAAACGACGACAUAAACAGACUGGUUAAUGAAAAGGGAGAGCAUAGACCUAAUGUGCCAUUGGAUGUUUUUAACUCAUAAGAAUGAGUCAUAGAUGGGCUCCAAACACUUUGGUGAAAGUAAGCAGAGCAUUUCACUUGUGGCAAACACAUGCUCGCAAGUCAGCAGCAUCACCGCUUCCCUUCUCUGGUACUUCUCACUGCAGGGUUCAUGUACAACAGCCUUACUGCAAUAAGGUUGGCUAUCUCAGCUGGAAGCACGUCCACCACCCGAGGAGCAGGGGUCGUAAGGGAUGGCUCUGUAGAGCUAACCAAGUUAGACACAGACUUGGACUUCAUACCAGCACCCUUUAUUUGAACACUUCAGCCUCACGUUGGUCUGCUGGUCUGAGUCAACAUAUGUCGCGAGUCAGGAACACGCUGGACACAGUUUCUAAAGCUGUGAGUGGGACACAUACAGAACUUCUCUCCAAAAUUUCUAGACUCAAACCCAAUGCUCUCAAGGCUGCGAAACAUGUCGAGACAAGUGUUGAAUCAACACCAAAAGCUGAGGAGAUCCCGCCUACUCCUGCUUCCACUAUUGCUGCUUCUCCCACUAUUGCUGCUUCUCCUUCUACAUCCACUACACCCAAACCUCUAAUUAACUCAUCCUCUGUCAGUCCCUCUAUUCCAGCGCCUGCUGCUUCAUUUGAUGCAAGUGCCACUACCUCCAUAACUCCUCACAUUUCUACCCAAGCAACUGUCACUGACACAAUUCAGGCUGUGCGUGAAAUUAAGGAGAAAAGGCUGAGACGUAUUGCUCCUGUCAUCAGAGCUGGUUCUGCCAGGAAGUCAGAGGAGCCUAAACCAUCAUCAAAUGAUACUGAGAGCAAGAUCACGCCUUCCAAACAAACCACCGCACUUUUCCAUCCCAGCUCAUUUUCUGUCAACCUGGAUGAAACUUACAACUACCUGGCUCAUCACAUUAAUUCAUACUUUGGCAGCAGUACAAAGACUCAGGACAAGAAAGCAGACAAUGUCGACAUUUCUUCUGCUUCCUCUCAGGGUCAACAAACUAGUGACCUCAUGCCACUGUCUGGUAAACAACACUCCGCUGCUCCAGUUGCCCCACCUUCCUCUAAAAAGGGUUUAGGACAUUACCUAUCCUACUCAGCUCCCACUGUGCAAGCCUUUGUGGGGAGCUACAUUGCACCCUUGGUCCCAAAGUUCAGGUCAGUAGAGUCCAAGAGUGCCACUGUGGAGGAGAAGAAGGUUGAAGUUGCACCGGUGAAACAGGUUGAGGCCACGAUAAGUACUGAGCAGAAGGCUGCAGAGGAGAAAGCCAAGAAGCUUCUACUCCAAAGGGAAAAGAUCAUUGCCAGGGUUAGUGUGGACAAUCGAACUCGGGCUCUGGUGCAGGCUCUUCACAGGGCAUCAGAUGUAAGGGUCUACAUCAGCAGGGUGGAAGACCUCAGCUACCACCUCCUGGAGUUUCCAGAGACUCGUGGUGUUGCAGUCAAGGAGAACGUUAUCCCUUGCCUACUGCGUCUGAAACAGGCCAAUGAUCCAGACCUGAGGGCAGCAGUUAGAGAAGGCCUCGCCCUGGUGGGCUACCAAAAACCAGUUAAAGGCCGGGGCGUACGGAUCCUGUCCAUAGAUGGAGGAGGGUUAAGGGGACUUCUUGCCCUUCAGACUUUACGCAAGCUGGAAGCCCUGACCGGCAAACCCAUUUACAAACUAUUUGAUUAUAUUUGUGGUGUCAGCACAGGUGCUAUUCUAGGGUUCAUGCUGGGCAUAUUCCAAAUCCCGCUGAAUGAAUGUGAUGAUCUUUACCGGAAGUUGGGCUCAGACGUUUUCAAGCAGAACGUGAUUGUUGGAACCGUGAAGAUGGGCUGGAACCAUGCUUUCUAUGAUAGCGAAGCCUGGGAGAACAUCCUCAAAGAGAAAAUGGGCUCACACCUCCUGGUGGAGACUGUGAGAAACCCUGAAUGCCCCAAGGUGGCAGCAGUGAGCACCAUUGUGAACAGGGGCACUCCUCUGAAGGCUUAUGUGUUCAGGAACUACAACCUACUGCCCGGGGUGCGCUCACACUACCUAGGGGGCUGCCAGCACCAGCUCUGGCAGGCCAUCCGAGCCACCUCAGCAGCCCCUGGGUACUUCCAGGAGUUCGCCUUGGGGAAUGAUCUCCACCAGGAUGGAGGUCUACUCAUUAACAACCCCACAGCAUUGGCUGUCCAUGAGUGUAAGUGUUUGUGGCCCAACACACCCUUGGAGUGUGUGGUCUCACUGGGUACGGGCCGUUUCGAAACUCCUGGCAAGAACAGCACCACCUACACGAGCCUCAAAACCAAACUCACUAAUGUCAUCAGCAGUGCCACAGAUACUGAGGAGGUUCACGCCAUGCUUGACGCCUUCCUCCCUCGCGACGCUUACUUCCGCUUCAACCCCCACAUGAGCGAAGAUAUCUCCAUGGACGAGAACCGGCAGGAGAAGCUCAACCUGCUGCAGGCCGAGGGCAUCCGCUACUUGGAGAGGAACGAGGAGAAGCUGAAUAAGGUCGCUCGCAUCCUCACUCGAGAGAAAAGCUCCGUCCAGAGGAUGGCAGAGUGGGCCAGACUCAGGGCUGACAUGUACAACGGUCUGUCCUUUCACUCCUCCAAGCUCUAGAUCCAACGCAAGCAACCGUUACCUCACACGGAGACUCUCCUGUUAUUCUAAAUUGCCUCAUAUUACCAUGAUUAGUGUGUUGUAGUUAUUGACUUUAAGACCUGUUGCUCUGAAGAACAUUGUGUAAACGCACAGGUAGGUAAUGCAUCCAACAUGCCAAUCUUCCUCCUCAUUCAGACUUCACACUUAGUAGUGAUUUUAGUGUUAAUGUGUUACAGUUUUGGCAGUCAAAAUGCAUUGCGUUUGAUUCUUGAUUCAGCACUCUGUUACAUUCAAAGAUGUGUCAUGAUGUGCAACACUAUUAGCUUUCCCAGUAAAUGCAUCUUGUACACUUAAAGGAAUCGAAAGUCUGGAAUCAGAGGGAAGAAGAAAGUGAAAAAGCUUAUAUAAAUAAAAUGUUGAACUGUUCCUUUAAAAAGCAGAAUACUGUAAAGUUCGACGGUAGCCAGUAACGUUUUCUCCAGACUGUUUUUACCAAGUGAGCACUUUUUAACCAUUUGCUGUCCUUUUAAAGAUUUGUUGUAGCAACCAGUAGCCUGUAUCUCAUAAACCUAUGUUUGUGUGUGUUCUCAGAAAAAUUAGUAGACGGGAUACGUGUCAUUAUCGAAAUGUAGUGUUUGUUAAGCUAAGUUGCCAACAUGUAACACUUUAAAAGAAUGUAAAGAAAAAUAACAAAAAAAAAAACUCCUUUCUAUUUUUGUAAAGGUCAAAUCAAGGUUAAUUUGAGCACCUAAUGCAAGUGACAUUUCUUAGUUGCAAUGACUAAAAUUUGCACAUUUAGCAGUGCAGCUACUGGUCAACUGUGUGAAACAAACAUCGGUACGUGAGAGGCCACUUGCAGCAUUACAGUAUUGCAUAUGUUGUAUGUAAAUGCAUGAUAAAUUUAAGAUUUCACACACAAAGACAAGUCAAGAUCUAGUGGAGAAGUGUACAUUUCAAAGAUUUACUCCAAUAUUUCAUUCUAAUACACAUAUAAUGAUAAAUUCUAAUGAUUAAAUAUGUAAAGCAGAUAUAUAUAUAUAUAUACAUAAAAAAAAUUAACAAGUAUCCAAAUGGAAAGUUACAUCCUGUUUUUCAUAAGGAUGUAACUUUUACAUGUUAUUUUAGCCCCAAAGUAUUUUACAUUCACUUGUUUCAAAAGCUUUUUUUUAUCAUUGUGUGCUUGAUUGUUUGGUUUUAUGACUUCCCUACAGGCUAUGCACAUUUUCUGCUCGGUCUUCAGUGUGCCCUAUUUCUCUUUGAUGCCUCCUCUCAAAAACCUCUUUCACCCUUUCUACCUUGAAGUGCAGUGUUUCAGUCCCCACUCUGCUAUAUUAUGAUGUUUGUUAAAAUCAUGCGGGUUUUUGUCUCAAGGUUUAAAACAGAUUGCUGCUUAUUGAUUUGUCAUAGUUGGAAAAUUAUCUUCAUGUGUUUCUAUGUGUACAGCUAAGAAAAAGAAAAAAAGCACUCGUUUUCUUGCUUAACCUGGUCAAGUAUUGUAUAACUGAUGUAUCAGUCACUCCUGAAGGACCAGAGGUAAAAUGGACACAGAUUAAUAUAAUUCCACUGUUCUCCUGUUGGUCCUGUGUAAAAAACUGUUUGAGAGUGUACGUAAUUAAAACCCGUCACUGAGCCUCGCUGCA